AUGGACAACACCACCACAAUCAACGGCCAGGAUCUCUCCUCCGACGACAAUCACGCAGAUCUCCUCACCCUCAGCCUCUCCACCUUCCACCGCACCCCGGCGGCGCCGCCGCCGCCCCUCCUCAUCAACCCCGCCCUCUCCGCCUUCCACCACCCUCUCCCUCCGCCGCCAUCCGCCGCCAUCUCCAUCCCCUCCCCCUCCUCCUCCGUCGCCCGCCCCCGCCGGCAGCGCCGGAACCCCUCCCGAACUCCCUCCGCCGGAAAAUCCCCGACCAUCCCUCCCCCCUACCCCUGGGCCACCGACCGCCGCGCCACCGUCCACAGCCUCGACUACCUCAUCUCCCGGCAGAUCUCCGCCGUCUCCGGCGACGUGGAGUGCAAGCGCUGCGAGCGUCGCUACUCCGUGGAGUUCGACCUGCGUCAGAAAUUCUCGGAAGUGGGUUCCUACAUCGCGGCCCACAAGAGCAGCAUGCACCAGCGGGCCCCCGCGGGCUGGUGCAGCCCGGCCCUCCUUCGCUGCAGGUUCUGCGAGCAGGAUAACAGCGCCCGGCCCCUUGACCCUCAAGGUCCUUUCGACAUUUGA